GGAGCAACAGGGGCAGACAAAAAUCUAUUAAUUCCGAAAUCUCAGUUAUUGUUGUUAGGGUUUCUACUGUCUACUUGCUUCUUCUUCUUGUUAAGCUCCUCCUCAGAUUCUUAAUCAUACUCUGUCUUCUCACUAAAGGGUUUUAGUUCUCAAUUAUAGGCAAGAAUUUCCGUGGCUACACAGGGUUUAUAUAUUUUUGGGUUUUCAUUUUGAACUAGAAAUUUAGGGGUUUCUUUAAGCUGGUUCGAUGAUGAAAUCUUCAUGGGCAGAUGCCGUUGCUGAAGAGACUGCUGCUUCUGGGUCUGUUGAUAGUAAUGUAACUAGUGCACCUACAGCUCCUACCAAGUCUACCUAUGUUCCACCCCAUCUACGCAAUAGGCCAGUCGCUGCAGAGUCACCCGCUUUGCCUCUCAGUGGUCCACCAUCCGGUUACAACAGUACAGGUUAUAGUGCUGGUGGGGCUGGUCAAAGAUCUGACUACGGCCGCCAAGCUUACAACACCAGCAGCAGGGGUGGGGGUGGUUGGAGCAACAGGGGUGGGAGGGAAAGGGAUGUAAAUCCUUUUGGUAAUGAUGAUGUUAAUGUUGAUGUGGAGCAGGCAUUCAGUGGGCAUGAAAAUAGUGGUAUUAAUUUUGAUGCUUACGAGGAUAUCCCAGUAGAGACUCAAGGGGAUGAUGUACCACCUCCUGUCAAUACAUUUGCAGAGAUUGAUUUGGGACAUGCUCUUAAUCUGAAUAUUCAAAGGUGCAAAUACGUCAGGCCUACUCCUGUGCAGCGGUACACGAUCCCCAUUUCCCUAGCAGGGAGGGAUUUGAUGGCUUGUGCUCAAACCGGUUCUGGCAAGACAGCUGCUUUUUGCUUCCCCAUAAUUAGUGGAAUUUUGAGGGGAAAUAUUGCCCAGAGACCACGAGGGACCCGGACAGUGUUUCCACUAGCUCUUAUUCUUUCCCCGACAAGGGAGCUUGCCAUUCAGAUUAACGAGGAAGCGAAGAAAUUCUCUUAUCAAACAGGUGUCAGAGUAGUGGUAGUUUAUGGGGGAGCACCAAUCAAUCAACAGCUAAGAGAACUUGAAAGAGGAGUGGAUAUUCUUGUGGCAACUCCAGGGAGACUAGUUGAUUUGCUUGAGAGGGCAAAGGUCUCAUUGCAAAUGAUUAGAUAUUUAGCUCUAGAUGAGGCCGAUCGCAUGUUGGAUAUGGGAUUUGAACCUCAAAUUAGAAAGAUUGUUGAACAAAUGGGCAUGCCUCCGCCAGGUGAAAGACAGACUAUGCUGUUUAGUGCCACCUUCCCGAGAGAAAUUCAGAGAUUGGCAUCUGAUUUUCUUUUGAACUACAUAUUCUUGACUGUUGGGCGUGUUGGUUCAAGUACGGAUCUGAUUGUUCAAAGAGUAGAGUUCGUUCAAGAGGCUGACAAGCGAAGCUACCUUAUGGACCUCCUUCAUGCACAGAAAGAUGAUGGAACUCAUGGAAAGCAACCGCUAACCUUGGUGUUUGUGGAGACAAAAAAGGGAGCAGAUUCUCUUGAGCACUGGUUGUCUCGUAAUGGAUUUCCUGCAACAGCUAUACACGGUGAUAGAACUCAGCAGGAGAGAGAAUAUGCAUUGAGAUCCUUUAAGAGUGGGAAUACACCAAUCUUGGUAGCGACAGAUGUAGCAGCACGAGGUCUUGAUAUUCCAGAUGUUUCUCAUGUUGUCAAUUUCGACAUCCCGAAAGACAUUGAUGAUUAUGUCCACCGGAUAGGAAGGACAGGGCGAGCUGGAAAGACGGGAUUGGCAACAGCUUUCUUUAACGAAGGCAAUAUGUCGUUAGCAAAGUCGCUAGCUGAUCUGAUGCAAGAAGCUAAACAGGAAGUACCUGCAUGGCUUACUCAUUAUGCUAGCAGACCUUCCUAUGGUGGCGGUAAGAACAGGCGAUUUGGGGGUGGACGAUCUGGGGGAGGAAGAUAUGGGGGUCACGACAUCAGAAGGGAUUCCUUUUAUAAUAAUAGUGGUGGAGGUGGUAAUUCGGGCUCUUACGGAGGAAACACUGGUGGAAGAUAUAACAGCAAUUAUGGCGGAGGAUAUGGUCCUGGACCUGGAGCUAACAGUGCAUGGGAUGAGUGAGUCGUGGACAUGAUUUAUUGACAAAGUUAUCCGGGAUCCCGAAAUUUUGAUAGGAUCCAUUUUUUUAAACAUUAGUACGUUUUACAGAGUUUACAUAAUUUCAUAAUAGUCAUGUAUUGAAAAGAUGAUCAAAAGAUCAUUAUCUAUUUGAAUUGGAUUUUGCACUGGAAAUUAAAAUUGCUCUUAUAAUGGAACAUCUAUAUAUACGAUGAUAAGCAUCUGCUUGGUACUUCUUUCUUA